AUGGGAGGUUUUAGUUCAGAUGAUAACUUUGCUAAUUUCAUUGGAACAAGCCAAAAUCCAAUAGUGAUAUUUAUUAAUAAAGGUGGUGGUUUCAGAUGGGGAGUGUUUUUCUAGGCACUGUAGUAAAGCAUACUAGCAGUCAAGUUCAACAAAGAUAGUUCAUAAAUUUUGGCUGUGAUAGAAAGUGAACCACUCUCAAUAAUAUUAAUGAAUCCAGAUGAUGGUACAUAGUUCGGCUACAAAGAAAAUAUUGCUGUAAGUUCUCGAGGUGGUGGAUUUUGUAGUGGAGAUUGCUUGCUUUUCGCUGAAGAUUCAAGCAGUAUUUUCCUUAGCAUAGUCUCUCAUGGAAAGAAAUGGGAGUUACUUAAAAUUAAGAAUGAUAAAAUGAAUUUUGUAGCAUAAAGUAGCCUGGUGUCUCCUUUAGAGGGAAUAGCUUACACUAUCAAAUCAAAUACAAAUGAUGAGCUCUACAUUGCAGGAUAUAUGCAAAAUCCAGCAGAUAAUAAUAAUUAUGCUUCAUUGACAAAAAUAAAAGCAUCCACCUAAGAAGUUAAAUGGAAUUAUUUUAUAAACUAUGGGAAAAUAUCAACAGAUUUCUAUUACUUAAGAAGAUUUUGGCUAGAUAUUACUCAUAUUUAUGCAUGCUCCGAGGUAACUUAAAUAAAUGUUGAAAGAUCAAUGGGAAUCCAUAUAUUUUAACUUAAUGGAGAUUCUUAGCCUACUUAAACCAAAGAUUUUCAAUAUGGCGAUGCCAGUUAGAUAUUCAGUUGUUACGAUAUAAGAUAAUUCUCUCCAACUGUCAUUCAUCUAUUAAUAUAAGACAGUGCUUCACAGCUACCUUAUUUAAUGAUCUUGAAUCCAGUAGCGUCAACAUAUAUAAUUAAAACCUUGGAUAUCACAGUUGUUUUGAUAAUGAUUCUCAAUGCUAGGAUAAUAAGAGAGACAUAAACCUUAUUCGUUGGCCAGACAAUGUCAACUUAUGAAACAGCCUCUCAAAUGCUAGAUUAAUUUUCAGGAUUUGUGGCUGCAUUUGAUACUGAUUAUUCCUGCUCAGCAAUUCUGAUUUCUUCUAAUUCAAGCCCACUUUUAGCUGCAACAUCAAACACAAUUGUAGCUCCAAGCAUAACUUUUACGAGUAUUACCUAUAAUUUUGUUAGCUUGACUCUUGGAACAAUGCAAAUUGGAAAUUUAAAUUAAAUGAGGACUUACUUUUGUAAUAGAGAUGUUAUUGUUACCAUAACUCCGGUAGCUAUCUUAGAUCAAGAUUAUGAAGUUGCAUCAACUAAGAAAGUUAUUGAUUUCGCUGCUUUUGGAGUUGUAGAUGGUACAUCAUGCACUGGGCAUAUUUUAGAAUAUUCUAUUGAGAUUACACCUGUUGUUAGUUUUAUAAUGAUAGAUAGUUAAAGAAGAAAAAUUUCUAUCUAUACAAAUGAUGACUCAAAAUAAGGCCAGUAUAGUAUUAAACUUACAGGAUCAAUAUACUCCUAAUCUUAGCAUACAUCAUUCAAAAUUAAUGUAAAAAAAGUUGAUUGUAGAUCUCAACCUGUAUCAAUCUUGAGACCAACUUCUUUUAUUCCUACAGUUGAUUAUUAUGUUGGCUCGUUAAAAGCCUAAGUAUAAAUAGAUAAUUAUGCAUUUACUCCAACAUGUGAUUAUGUGUUUAGUUUCAAUAUUCAAACAAAUCCUGUAUCAAAUUUUUUAGUUUUCAACCCCACUACAAUGAAGAUCGAUAUUUCUACAAAUGAUCCAAUAUUAGCAAAGAUUUAUACAGUAAAAAUUCUAGCUACUCUAAAUGAUACUUUAAUAACCUUGGAUUAAGGAUAUUAGUUUUAGCUUAGAAUACUGAUAAAUUCAACUAGUGUAAUUAAUACAAUAGCAAGCAAAUUAAUUAAUCAUGCUCCAUUUUUUGUAGAAAGCUUACAAUAGCUUGAUCUUUUUGUAAAUCAAACAUUAAACUAUAAAUUACCAUUAACUAAAGAUGAUGAUAAUGAUACUGUUUUCAUCAAAUAUGAAUUAGGUGCGGCUUCUACAAUAAUAACUAUUUUGGAAGGCAAUAGAUUGCUGAUCAAACCUAAUUUAAAGCGUGACUAUAUAAUCCGAAUAAUUUUAUACGAUAAUAAUAAGAAUCAGGUUUAUUCUCAAACAUACAAUUUAAAAAUUACGGUCAAGGAUAUUCAAUAACCUCAAUAAAAUCCGGUAACAGAGCCUAAAGAAAACAUUACUGAAAAAUUUGAUUCAAAGCUAUAGGCACGAAUAUUUAGUAUUAAUAUGGAGGGUCUGAUGAUUAUCAGAUACUCAGAAGAUAUUAGAGACUAAUUCAUAAAUUAUACUACUUUUUCUCAAUCUCAGAUACUAAUAUUGUCUGUAGAACCUUCAUUUUAUAAAGAUUUGGAGUUGUUGAGUUUCAAAUGGUAACUAAAAUCCUUCAAACGAAAUGAGAUGUAAAUUAGAUUAAUUUUUGACAAUCCUAAUUAUGUAUCAAUGAGACUCUUGAAAGAUAAAAUAAAAGUAGUGUUUAAUGAAUAGGGAUAUUUUGUUGCUUUGAAAUCUGGAUUAUCAAUAAAAUAAAACUAUACAAUAACUAGAGAUCUCCCAUAAUAGCUAGAACUUACAGAUGUUUCUUAAUAGAUAAACACUAUGGGAAAGAUAUUUUCAGCAACAGCAUUUAGCUUUAUGAUUUCAAACAUCGUGAUUAUCUUUUUUGUUGGAGGAUCCUUGUAACUUAUUUGGGGUCUCAUAAACUCAUUAUAAAUUAUUGUACACUUGCCUUUGUUGCCUUUUGAAUUCCCUUCAAAUGCAAAAUCCUUUUUUGUGAUGCUAUUCUAAGCUGCAAGAUUUAAUUUUAUUCCUCCUGAUACUUUUACCUCUGUAUUUUUCAAUGGAUAAGAUGACAAUGAAGAGGAACCUUUUAAUCAAAGGUUUUUCGAUAUGUAUAUCUUUUGA